AUGUCAAUGAAAUUUCUCUCGAAGAAACGCUUCCAUCCGAGGCGUUUAGAUAACAUCAGAAAAGUUGCAGAGGCUGAAGCUAAAUAUAAAGAAGAGCAAACAAGGAUGGCUGAGCUUAGAAGAGAAAGAGAAGAAGAAAAAGAUUUGGAAGAGUUAAGAAAAGCACAAGAAGCAUCAGGCAGAAUUGAAAAAACAACAAGGAGAUUAGAAUGGAUAUACAAAGCACCAAUUAUACAGAAAAAAGGCGACGAAGAUGAAGAAGAUGAAGUCAGAGUUAAUCCAUUGCUUGAAAAACAACGUCCAGACGCAAUACUUCAAGAAAAACGUCAUGCUCAAAUGACUCAAAAUAACUUACCUGGAGCAAAAUUUUUAAUGGCAGUUAAUGAAUACAAAGGAGAUAAAGAUAUGAAGUUAAGAGAGGAUCCAUUUACUGCAAUAUUCAAUAAAAAGAGAGAAGAAGAACUAAGGAAAGCACAAGAACAAAAAUUAAUUGAACAAGCUGAACUAAUUAAAAACAAAAACUCACGAUCAAACAUUUCACAAUUAUACCCAUCAGAUGACGACGGAGAAAAUGAAAGCGAAUUAAAAUUGAAUCGGAAAAAUACAAUAUCAAGGCAAGAAGUCAAUAAAAAAUCUGACCAAUCGAAAGACUACAACAGUAGUGAUAGUAGUAGCGAUUCUUCCCAUAAUCAUCAUCGUCAUUCGCACCAUCACCAUCAUCACCACCAUUCUCGCCAUUAA